ACAGUUUUAAUUGCACACUUUUCUUAUUUUUUCUUAGGUUUUCUUUCCAUUUUCUUAUUUUUAUUCUUGUUUUCUUAUUUUUUACAUGCACAAACGACCUGCCUGCAUUAGCAUAGGCAUCCAAAAAUGCGACAUUUUCAAGGAAAUGGCAAGCAGCGAUCUGGCCAGGCACCGCAUUCGAAACUCGAAAAGCGAAGAAUUCUUCCUGGCGUCACGCCAAACAACUGGGUCACGGCGCGCGCGAAGACGACGCUGGCUGAUUUUACAGUGCAACGUUAUUGCGCCAGACAACCUGCCAGACAUUCGAGCGCUCCUUCCAAGGCAAUUAAAAGUUGUCGGAGAACCGCCGAGGAACCGUCGUUCUCGUUUGCAAUUUCGGAUUCCCGGUAUUUUUAUUCCAUCGUGGUCCGCCGUUGGCUCCUCAAGGUCCUCAGGAUACUUGGAGCGCGUGCUGUUCUGACGUCAUCGUGCAAGCGGAUUCCCUUCACCUUCUAACUACACUACGAUAAUUAAAGGUUUAAUCGGCUCUUACGUGGUCUGAAUUGGCUCCUUCCUCUGAUCGAUCGAAAUCAAGUGUGAGGAUCAAAGAUGGCCGGUCGCAUUGACAACGCCUGUCAGACGGAGGCAGUGCAGCCGGAAACAGAAGAAAUGGUGGUGGACGAGCCGACGCUGAUCCAGCACUUCUUCCAGCUGGAAGUCGAGCUGCCGAAGGCCACCAAGGCCCUGGACGGCUCUCGAGGAAAGCUCACGGCGCUGAACGGGAUGCAGCCGGAGGAGGCCGCGGCGGAAAUGGAUCGCGUUCGCUGGGCGCUGAAGCAGCAACGGGCUCAGCUGGAGGUCCUGCACCAGGAGGCGGGCAUCACCCGUUACUGUUUCUACAAGGAGUUCGCGGAGGCCAAGGAGCGCAACACGGAGCACUACAAGUGGGCGUCUGAACGCAUGGAGGCCAUUGAGAAGGUGCUGGAGGAGGCAGUCGGCACCCUGAAGGGCAACGAGCAGCACUUCCAGGCGUUGGGAGAGGCGCUGGCGGCGUUCGAGACCCGCAUGGGCGUCUUCGGGAACCGGAUGGGCCUGGUGGAGAACCGGAUGGGGGCCCUGGAGACCCGCAUGGGCCAGGUGGAGGCCCAGAUGGGCCAGGUCAUCGUCCAGAACAACCAGGUGAUUGCUCAGAACAACCAGAUUCUGAAGUUGCUGCAGAACAUGGCCGCCGUGCAAGCCCGCCGAUUCGACUUCACGCUGGCCUCCUUGGGUCACCUCGGCAUGGCAUACAACGAUAUGCAGUACUACAAGCAGCUCCACGGCGUUAACUGAAGUAGACCGGCAUGGCGGACAAAGGGCAUUUUUGAAUUGGCGUGUGGUAAUUGUUUUACUCUUUAUUUUUUUACUUUCUUACCACGAUUGCCCUGUCUUUUUUGCGCCAGAUGAGCUGUCUUUUUUGCAGUUACUUUUCGAAACUGUAUUUGUUGACAUUUACACUGUUUUUUUUUGUGUUGUUUUUUUGUACGAUUACCGGCAUAUCUUUUCCAUUGUUAUUGUUUCCUGGUCGGCUUCACCUCCUUGCGUUGCUUCGAGAAUGCUUGACGAUUUUGACGACACACCCACGUUUUCUGCAUUAACGGUUUGUAACGUCCCGUUGGUAGCUUCACUACGAAGCCGAUUUGUACCGCGCACUGAUGCGCUGAUGUACGACUAAUAAAACG